GCGGCCGCCGCGGUUGCCUCCCUUAGCCACCAGUGCUCCCGACUCGGCUCCUCAGGAGGGAGCGGCCAGUGGGCCCGUAUCUUGUCAGCGAGGUUCGAGGCCGGGCUGCCGUGGCCACCUCCUCCUGGUACCUGGGCCGCCCGGAGGAGCCGGGGCCGGAGCACCGUGGGCUGACUGACCCGGGGAGCUGACACCGCUGGACACGAAGGCGGAGGCGCGCGUCUGGCAGUCGCCUGGAGCCGAGAGGAGGCCGAGGGGACCAUGUCCGGGAGGAACCUCCACCUCUCCACCACCGAACGCGUCAUCAAAGCUGUUCCCUUUCCUCCAACCCAACGGCUUACUUUGAAGGAAGUAUUUGAGAAUGGGAAACCUAAAGUUGAUGUUUUGAAAAACCAUUUGGUGAAGGAAGGGCGACUGGAAGAGGAAGUAGCCUUAAAGAUAAUCAAUGAUGGGGCUGCCAUCCUGAGACAAGAGAAGACUAUGAUAGAAGUAGAUGCACCAAUCACAGUGUGUGGUGACAUUCAUGGACAGUUCUUUGACCUGAUGAAAUUGUUUGAAGUUGGAGGAUCACCUAGUAACACACGCUACCUCUUUCUGGGUGACUAUGUGGACAGAGGCUAUUUCAGUAUAGAGUGUGUGCUGUUUUUAUGGAGUUUAAAGAUUAAUCAUCCCAAAACAGUGUUUUUGCUUCGAGGAAAUCAUGAAUGCAGACAUCUUACAGAAUAUUUCACCUUCAAACAGGAAUGUCGAAUCAAAUAUUCUGAACAGGUGUAUGAUGCGUGUAUGGAAACAUUUGACUGUCUUCCUCUUGCUGCCCUCUUAAACCAGCAGUUUCUGUGUGUACAUGGAGGGAUGUCACCUGAAAUUACUAGUUUAGAUGACAUUAAGAAAUUAGACAGGUUUAAAGAACCUCCAGCCUUUGGGCCAGUGUGUGACCUGCUUUGGUCUGAUCCUUCAGAGGAUUAUGGUAAUGAAAAGACCUUGGAGCACUAUACCCACAACACUGUCCGAGGGUGCUCUUAUUUUUACAGUUACCCUGCAGUUUGUGAAUUUUUACAGAACAAUAAUUUGUUAUCAAUAAUCAGAGCCCACGAAGCCCAGGAUGCUGGGUAUCGAAUGUACAGGAAGAGCCAAACAACAGGCUUUCCAUCACUCAUUACAAUUUUCUCUGCCCCCAAUUACCUAGAUGUCUAUAAUAAUAAAGCUGCUGUGCUAAAAUAUGAAAACAAUGUCAUGAAUAUCAGGCAGUUUAACUGUUCUCCACACCCCUACUGGCUUCCAAACUUUAUGGACGUUUUCACAUGGUCUUUGCCAUUUGUUGGGGAAAAAGUCACAGAGAUGCUGGUUAACAUUCUCAACAUAUGCUCUGAUGAUGAAUUGAUUUCUGAUGAUGAAAUUGAAGAUCACUACAUUUCAAGCUAUCGGAAAGGAGGCACUACAGUUCGAAAGGAGAUCAUCAAGAAUAAAAUCAGAGCCAUUGGGAAGAUGGCACGGGUCUUUUCAAUUCUGCGGGAAGAGAGUGAGAGUGUGCUGACUCUCAAGGGCCUGACUCCAACAGGGACACUCCCUCUAGGUGUCCUCUCAGGAGGAAAGCAGACUAUUGAGACAGCCACAGUAGAAGCGGUAGAGGCCCGGGAAGCCAUCAGAGGGUUUUCGCUUCAGCACAGGAUCCGGAGUUUUGAAGAAGCCCGAGGUCUGGACCGAAUUAACGAACGGAUGCCACCCCGAAAAGACAGCCAGUACCCCGAUGGGCCAGUGAAAUUGGUGGCCCCUGCACAACCCAACGCUGUGCACAGGAGCGACAGGGGGAGAAGAGCCAGUAAUGACGCAGAGCCCUGCUGUGGCACAGGUGGAUCCAAAACUUAAGAACAAAUUUUAUUUAUUAUUGGAAAACAAAACAAAAACAACUUUAACAACUUAAACCUGGAGGUGCAUUCAUAAUUCAGUCUGCAUUUAUGCUGUAAGAAAGGUGACCAUUUUAUAAAUUGUUUUUAAUUUAUGUUUAAUAUAUAUAAAAAGUGCAUCUGUUUUGUUUUUCCCUUUUUUUUCCCCUAAUUUUUAGGAACUGAUCUGAUUGUCUGAUACAUAUGUGAAGUCUUGUGCUACAAAGGGGACCUUCCCCUAAUAAAAGGGCCUUGGAAACCUCCACCCUGGGUUUCUGACUUGAACUAGC